AUGGGUUUUGGGGAGGACCUGUGGUGCCCCCAGGCACAUGCAUCUGUCAUGCGGCUGCUGGACUCAGAGCUUCACCUGAUGGAGGUCAUGAAGAAGUGGAUGGGUCAGCGGGCUAAGAGCGAGCGGGAGUUUUCAGUGCAGCUGCACCACAUGGCUGCCAUGGUGGAGAAGCUGGACCGGCCUCAGCUCGGUGCAGGACUGGACUACAUCAGCCAGCUCAACAAGUCAUGGGGAGUGCUGGUCUCUCAGACGGACUUUCUGAGCCAGGUGAUGAAGAAGUGCUCCGAGGAUCUGCUGGACGGUCCCAUCAGCAAACUGACUCUGCUCAUCAGAGACAAACAGCAGCUCCGUAAAACCUACUCAGAGCAGUGGAACCUGCUGAAGCAGGAGCUCAACAAGGUGACCCAGACAGAGCUGGAGAGGCUGAAGAGCAGCUACAGACAGGCAGCCAGAGAUGCAGCUCAGGCUAAGAGGAAGUACCAGGAGGCCAAUAAAGAUAAAGAUCGAGACAAGGCUAAAGAACGCUACGUCAAGGCUUCACUGAAACUCCACCAGUUGCAUAAUGACUAUGUGCUGUCUGUGCGAGCUGCUCAAGUUUACCAUCAGCACCACUACAGUCAGAUCCAGCCCGCCCUACUCAGUGCACUACAGACUCUGCAGCAGGAGAUGGUGCUCAUACUAAAGGAGAUCCUGCAGGAGUAUUUCGACAUCUCCACUCUCCUCCAUCAUGAAGUGGUGCGGAUCCACAGGGAGAUGUCUACUGCUCUAACUGCCAUCGACCCUCACAGCGAGUACGAGAGCUUCAUCCACCAGAACAGGUCUGUAGGGGAGAUUCCUGCUUGUGCAGAGUUUGAUUGCAGUCUUCUGGAGGAAACUGAGCAGCUAAAACCCAGAGAGAUUGAACUUAACGAUCUCACGCUUGAGACAAUCCAGCACAAACUGACUGCGGUAGAGGAAGAGCUGCUGGAUCUGGCUCGGACAAUGAGCUCCCAGCAGACCUCGGUGGAACAGCUGGAGCUGGAGCUGGAGGCGGAGCAGGAAGGUGUCAAGAAGGGCCAGAGGGUCUACCUGUUCAGCAAGAGACACGCAAUGGAGGAGUGCCGGCAGCAGGUUGCUCUGUCUCAGGGUAUGAGAGCCAAGCUGGAGGUCCAGAGGCUUCUUCUAAAGGAGAAACUGGACCAGCUGGGCUCCAGAGAACCUCCCUCUGCUCUGAAGCUGGACCCAGACUCUGUCUCACAUUCUUCCAGCACAAGCAGUGACCACAGCCAGACCUCUUCUAAACUCCUCAUGGAGGGGAUCAUAAACAAUCUGAGUGGCCUGUUUAAGCCCAAAUAUGAGGUGCUUCCGGUCCCCACCCCAGUGCACGAGGUGGAUCGUCCUCUGGGCCAGCAGGACUGGUACCAUGGAGCCAUUCCCAGACUUGAGGUCCAGCAGCUUCUAAAGAAUGAUGGAGACUUCUUGGUGAGGAAGAGUCAAGAGAAACAGGGUUAUGUGCUCUCUGUGCAAUGGGAUGGAUCCUGUAAGCAUUUCCUCAUUCAGAACCUGGAUAAUCUGUACCGUCUGGAUGGAGAAAGCUUUCAGAGUAUCCCGAUGCUGAUCUAUCAUCUACUAUCAUCACGACAACACAUCACCAAGAAGUCAGACAUAGUGCUAAAGAAACCUGUACUGAAGGACAGGUGGGUCCUUGAACAUGAUGAUAUUAUCUUGGGCCAUCUCAUUGGACGGGGUAACUUUGGAGAAGUGUACAAUGGUCACUUACGCUCUGAUAACACUCCUGUAGCAGUAAAAUCCUGUAAAGAGAACCUGGCCCCGGAGCACAAGAGUAAGUUCCUGAUGGAAGCCAGGAUCCUGAAGCAGUACGACCAUCCUAACAUUGUGAAGCUGAUUGGAGUGUGCACUCAGAAACAGCCCAUCUACAUCAUCAUGGAGCUCAUUCAGGGUGGUGAUUUUCUCUCCUUCUUGCGGCAUGAAAGUCACAAUUUGGCGCCUAAGGUGUUGGUCAAAAUGACAGAAAAUGUAGCAUCUGGCAUGGAGUACCUGGAGAGCAAGAAGUGUAUCCACAGGGACCUGGCAGCGAGAAACUGUCUGGUUGCAGAGAACAACUUGGUGAAGAUCAGUGACUUUGGGAUGUCCCGUCAGCAAGAAGACGGUGUCUACUCAACAGAGGGCGGCCUCAGACAGAUCCCUGUCAAAUGGACGGCUCCUGAAGCCCUGAACUAUGGUCGUUAUACCACAGAGAGUGAUGUCUGGAGCUUUGGUGUGUUACUGUGGGAGACCUUCUCCAUGGGAAUGACACCCUACACGAGCAUGAACAACCAACAGACACGAGACGAGGUGGAGAAAGGAUACCGUAUGCCUGCUCCACACGGCUGCCCCGUGGAAAUCUCCAGGAUUAUGAACAACUGCUGGCAAUACGAACCCAGAAACCGGCCGUCUUUCAAGAAACUUCGGGCUGAGCUCAGUGUCAUAUACAACAAAAUUACAUAACAGAAGCCUGUGGAUUUGACACCUACUGUAGGCUACAUUAUAAUCUUUUUUUUGUUCAGGAAAAAUGUUAAAAUCCAGUAUGAACACUGAAACAGACCU